UUCAUCGUCAUUCAUUCGUCAUCGAACAGUACGCAGUUUCGGUUGUGUGCUUCCUACGUCGUUUAUAUUUUUUUCCUUGAAAAUAUUGUAAAAAUUCUUACCUAAUUGGAUUACAUUGCUUGCGAAAGAAUUAAUUUUUUUGUGAUUAGUGACAUAAGAGCUCCAGAAUGAAGAAUCUACUGCUAGCCGUGGCUGGCGUUUUGCUGGUGACGGCGACAAUCAGCGCUACACCAGUCGAGACCGGUGGACGACGUUUGCUCGGAGCGAAGGAAUGCACCUGGGGUCCAACCUACUGGUGUUCGAAUUUAAAGAAUGCUAAGAAUUGUGGAGCGGUGACACACUGCAUUCAAACUGUGUGGGAGAAGCAAAAGUACGCAGUUGAUAACGAUGAAAUUUGCAACAUCUGUUUGGAUAUGGUCAAGCAGGCACGCGAUCAGCUGGAAAGCAAUGAAACUCAAGCUGACCUGAAGGCCGUCUUUGAGGGAUCGUGUAAUUUGAUCCCGAUUAAGGUUGUCAAGAAGGAGUGCAAAAAGUUGGCCGAUGAUUUCAUUCCGGAGCUGGUGGAAGCGCUGGCUUCGCAGAUGAACCCCAAUGUAGUAUGCAGCGUGGCUGGAUUGUGCAACAAUGCGGCCAUCGAUAAAAUGCUGGAGGAGAUGCCGGCAGUUAAACCGAAAGAUCAGGAUGAUAUAGAUGAUUCCGCGGAUGUGAGCGACCAAAUGAAAGAUGAAUUCAACUGCGGAAAGUGUAACAAAAUUGCUGGAUUGAUCACCAAUCGGUUCCAUGCUACCGAUCGGGACCAGGUUCUGGAAGGAUUCUUGAGACUCUGUGGUCAGAUGGGAUCUUUCUCUGAUGGAUGCUCCAGUAUUGUGCUAAGCUACUUCAACGAGAUUUACGACCAUAUGAUUAAGGAGUUCAACGCCAAGAAUGUCUGUCAUAUGUCGGGAGCCUGUGCUAGUCAAUUCCAUCAGCACGAGGAAAGCGAGGAAAUCGAAAUCCGGCCUAUGGGAGGAGUUGGUGUCAUCAAGGUAGAAAAUGAACAGCUGGAAGGUGACGAUAUUCCAUGCAAACUGUGUGAACAAUUGGUUGACCACCUGCGGGAUGUGCUUAUUGCCAACACCACGGAGCUGGAGUUCAAGCAAGUAUUGGAAGGGCUUUGCAAGCAGACUAAAACAUUCAGCAAUGAAUGCUUGAACUUGGUCGAUCAGUAUUACGAGGAAAUCUACAGCACUCUUGUACAUAACCUAGAUAGCAACAGUGCAUGCUUCAUGAUUGGAGUUUGUCCGAAGGGAUUGAAUAUGAAGUUAGAUGGUCCGAUCAUGCCAAUUGUCCCAUUGCGUGUUGCUAUUAUCCACGAACAACAGCAAAAGCCUCCAAAGAAAUUGCUUGGACAGAAUGAACCCAAAUUGUCUGCAGUAGAAAUUCAACAGGCUCAGUUACCAAUUGAUAGACUUAUGGGAGCUCCACUGUCGUUGGGUUUGGUCGAAAACGGCAAGUUCUGUACCCUCUGCGAAUAUUUCAUGCACUUUGUCCAGGAAGCUUUGAGCGAACCGGCCAAUGAAGAUGAAAUCAAGAAUGUUGUCGGUACGACGUGUGAAAAGCUACCCAAAGCCAUCCGUAACGAAUGCCAUAACUUUAUUGACCUGUAUGGCGAUGCCGUUAUUGCGCUUUUGAUUCAAUCAAUGGAUCCACGUGAGAUCUGUCCACAACUACACAUGUGUCCAGCAGCGCGGGAUGAUAUUGAAAUCUUCGCUCCGGGUCAGAUUGACGUUACGAUCGAUGCCAACGCUGGCCAGGAUAAACCCACAUGUCCCCUGUGCUUGUUCGCAGUUACUCAACUGGAAGAAAGUAUUAAGAACGACCGUACCAAGGAAAAUAUCAAACAUGCUUUGAGCAAACUCUGUUCUCACCUGUCACCCAAACUGAAGAUGGAAUGCACCGACUUUGUUGAUACCUAUUCUUCGGAGCUCGUCGAAAUGUUGGUGUCGGACUUUACUCCACAGGAAAUCUGCGUCUACCUCAAGCUGUGCGUUGAUCAGCGUCCUGACUUAAGUCUUUUGAACAUGGAAUUCGAUCACGACUUCCGUCAGCAGCAACGCAAUCACUACGAUAUUGAAACAAACGAAAUCGCCGAUAAUACCGUGAACGGUCAGGUUACGAUCGAUCACCAGGCUACUAUUGCUUCGCCAGAGUGUCUUGUAUGCGAAGAAAUGGUCAAGGAAGUCGAAAAGCGAGUAAAGAACAAGAAAAGUAAGGAACAGAUCAAGACAGCUCUGGAGCACGCUUGCGAUCGAUUGAGAAAAUACAAGACCAAGUGCGAGCGGUACAUUGAUGAACACAGCGAUCAGAUUGUAGAUCUUUUGAUGAAGCAACUGUCCCCGAAGGAGAUUUGCCACACGCUUGGAUUCUGCAUCGCCAAGGAGGUUGAUGAAUUGGAAGUUGACGAAGCUCUAUUGGACUACGUUGUUGAACCAGCUGUCAUUGUAGAGUCUCCGAAGGAACUUUUUUCGGCUGUCGAAGUGAGCGAGCCGCUUAGUCAACCACCCCAAUGUGCCAUGUGUGAAUUUGUCAUGGUUAAAUUGGAAUCCGAAUUGGCAGACAAGAAAACCGAAGAAGAAAUCGAGAACGCUGUCCGCACCGUUUGUUCGAAGCUUCCGAACACUGUGACUAAACAGUGCAAUCAUAUGAUUGAUCAGUAUGGACAGUUUAUCAUCAAGUUCCUGUCUACCCUGCCACCGAAGGAGAUUUGCACAAGACUGGCUCUGUGCGAGAAGCAACUGCAGAAGUUGGAAGAGAGUAAUUUUGAAAUCAUAGAAUGUGCUGUCUGUCAGGGAGCCAUCAAGGCGGUCGACGACAUUCUGGGCAAUAAGAAGAUCGAUUACGACAUUGUCCAGGACGUGGAGAAAAUCUGUAACACCGUUCCAGCCAAAUACUACGAGAAAUGCGAGAAAAUGCUCGAGGUGUAUGGAGUCAGCAUGGUGCACCAGUUGCAGAAGUUUGUGGAAAGAGAACAGGUUUGCGUGAACAUGGGAAUGUGCAGCAAUCCCACUGGAUACGUCAAAUUUGAAGACGAAGUUGAGAAGGCGGAUCAUGUCGAGAAGAAAAAGUUAUACAUGGUCGGAGAUAAUGAGUGUACCUGGGGACCAGCGCAUUGGUGCGCUAAUGAAGAUAAUGCUCAGAAGUGUAACGCCAGCCAGUUUUGCGCAAAGAAGAAGCUAGGCAAGUGGCAGGACUGAAUCGGUGUUGGCCAUCACUAUCAAGUUUUUAGUAUUUAAGUGGCGGGAAGAGCUUUCCGAUUGUAAACGAUACCAAGAAGUGCUAUAGUUCGAAUUAAGCUGUCCUGUUUUUCUUUUCGUUACCUUUCCUGUGUAUGAUCGAUUUUUUGUAUCUCUUUAGAUUUCUUUUUCUAACUUCAUAUAAGAAAAACAAAACGAGUGAUCAGCUUUUCUUUAGUCAGAGAAAAUAUUUAGCGAAAAGAAGAAAUGUUAAGAACGUAUACGCCAACUCAGGUGAUACGUGAAGUGGCUGAAAUUUUAAAGAAAAUAGGAGUAAAAAUUAUCGGGCUCCACAAUUAGGCUGUCAAUAUCAUUUAUCUGUACGUUUUUUGUAAAAAAGAACAAAAGUAAUUUUAAUUAAAUAAAAUUCUACUAAUUGGAA